UUGUCAAUCGUCAAUGUCAUUAGUCAUUCAUUGUCAGCUUGAGCUUUGCUUUAGCUAGUUUUCUUUGGUUAAGUGUAAAUAAUUAAGAAAGGAUAGGCUACUCUGUUUUCAACAAUGUUUUUAACUCUAGCACUACUUGCAAAAAAAGCCAAAGCCAAGCACAUAAUGGUGGAAAUGGUGAGCUUAGUAAGCGGCCAUAAAACGUUCGCUGUUCGAGAGAGGCUUGGAGAUAAACUAGAGUAUAUAAGAUUUGAUCCAAGAAUACAACAAGAUUCAGUUUACAAAGAGGCUGGAAAAAUUAAAAGUAUGAAACCAAAAUACAAGCCAUACGACUACCCUAACCCAAGACCCAUCUCUCGAUUUCAAAUACAAUAACAUGUCAAUGGGAAUGUGUGUAGAUAAAAAGUCAUUGUUGUAAAUAUAAAUUUAUAGUACUGGUGUA